UUUGGAACUAACAGUUGCUCUGUGGAAAAGGCCCCAUUGAAAUAGUUUGAAAAAGUCUGUUCAAUAAGACAGGUGAAAUGGCAUGUUCCAGCACGCUGAAGCUCUGUCCAUGGAAGCAGGCAGAGGUCUCCUUCCCAUCACUCUUUUGCAUCACAGUUUCUCCAGUGGGACACAAAGACAGACAAUGUUUGUAAAGCUCUUCCUCACCACUCAUUAUGAGCCUGUCCCGAGAAAGGAUUCCUGAUGGGACAUUUCCUGUUCACAUUGUUGUCUUUCUCAUGAGAAUCCACUCUCAGACCCCAGGCCUCCUCGUGGACUCUGACACAUGGUGGCAUCCAACUGGACCCUGACUGAGCAAAUGCAGCAUCUUGGCAUCAAUCAUCUUAGUGCAACUGCAUAUUCUGGGAUCUGUUUGCAAUCAGGCAAAUGAAGCAAUGAGGGAGAUUUAGAGAAGUUCAGUGGCUGAUCUGCAAAAUCAGCCUGUGGCCAUCUGGCACAGGAGAUGAUAUUCACAAGAAGUGGCUAAUGUAGGUACCCAACACCAAAGGAAACCUUGGAGAUCAAGAAUAAAGUGAAUGCCAAAUGUAGCGGGUAAGAGACCCAGCAGAAGGAAAGUCAGAUAACAAGUCAGAACAUAGCUGGGACUGAGAGUGAGAAGCAAGAAUCUAUGGUCCUCCUGGUGCUUCCUGGAUUUGAUACCCUGCUGCUUCACAGAAAGGCAAAUACAUUUAAUGAGCUCGGUUCACUCCUGGGUCACACCAGGAGCAGAAGGACAAGACCUCCACUGCUGGAAAGACCACCCAGAGAGGUGGAAGCUGCGCUUGCCCAGGAGGGUGGUAAAGCAAGAAGGUCUCAGCAGUUUUCUUCCAGAGCCCAAGCCAGGAGAACCAGCAGCCUCACCAGUAGAAGCUCAGAGGCCCUGGCCACGCAGAAGGGGCCUGUUUCUUUUCAGUUGCUGCACAGUAAAGAAUUGAUAACAGCCUUACAUGGAGGCAAAACAUCAGGUCUCAGAGGUCCUGGAGCAGAACAAACAGCCUUACAAACAGUUCAAAGCUGGAGAAGUCAAAGCACGCUCAUCCAACAGCAUAAUCCUGAAACUACAAUGACAAAUAAGGCAAAGUACAGAGCAAGAAGCCCUCUGCCACCACAUCCAGGGUGUCAGAGCAGAGGACUGGAGGAGGCCACUGUGGAGCUGUGCACACCGGCAUGUUGGGGAUGACAUGAAUGUGGCUGUAAGGUCUUGACUGUGUGUCCUCAGACAUGAGAACUUGCUGCUUUCCAGCGGCACUUUUGUCCAUGGAUAAGUAAGCCCAAUGCCCGGUUUCAAAAGAGGCUUUCAGACGUACCCCCAAAAAGGAAAAAGGAAGUUUUGAAAGAUAAAACCAGUUCAGAUUUCAGUAACUGAAUAGACAUCAUGUCUCGAGCACGACAGCCCCCACUUGUAACUGGCAUCUCUCCCAAUGAAGGCAUCUCAUGGACAAAAGUGACAAUAAGAGGAGAAAAUUUGGGAACUGGACCUACAGACCUCAUAGGUUUAACAAUCUGUGGACACAACUGUCUGCUAACUGCUGAAUGGAUGUCUGCCAGUAAAAUUGUGUGUCGAGUUGGACAGGCUAAAAAUGACAAGGGAGACAUUAUUGUUACUACGAAGUCUGGUGGCAAAGGAACUUCAACUGUUUCCUUCAAACUCCUUAAACCUGAGAAAAUAGGUAUCUUGGAUCAGUCUGCUGUCUGGGUGGAUGAAAUGAACUAUUAUGACAUGCGCACUGACAGGAACAAAGGGAUUCCCCCCUUGUCCCUACGUCCAGCUAAUCCUCUUGGUAUUGAGAUAGACAAGGGCAGAUUUCCUCAAAAAGAUUUGGAGUCACUGUUUCCUGGGAUGAGUGCUGAUUUCACAAGUGAAAACUUUUCUGCAGCCUGGUACCUCAUUGAGAAUCAUUCAACAACAAGUUUUGAUCAGCUCAAAACGGCUGUUGUGAAUUUGAAGAAACAAGCCAAUAAGAAAAAUGAAGGGAGUCUAGCUUAUGUCAAAGGAGGUCUCAGCACAUUUUUUGAAGCACAAGAUGCUUUGUCAGCAAUCCAUCAAAAACUGGAAGCAGAUGGAACGGAAAAAGUAGAAGGAUCCAUGACGCAAAAACUGGAGAAUGUACUGAACAGAGCCAGUAACACAGCAGAUACCUUAUUUCAAGAAGUGCUGGGUCGCAAGGACAAAGCUGAUUCAACGAGAAACGCACUUAAUGUUCUUCAGCGUUUUAAAUUUCUUUUCAAUCUUCCCUUAAAUAUUGAAAGAAAUAUCCAGAAGGGCGAUUAUGAUGUGGUUAUUAAUGACUAUGAGAAAGCCAAGUCCCUCUUUGGAAAGACAGAGGUUCAAGUAUUCAAAAAAUAUUAUGCAGAAGUUGAAACCAGAAUUGAAGCUUUACGGGAACUUUUGUUGGAUAAGCUGCUUGAAACUCCAUCAACAUUGCAUGAUCAGAAACGUUAUAUAAGAUAUCUUUCUGAUCUUCAUGCGCCUGGGGACCCAGCUUGGCAGUGCAUUGGUGCUCAACAUCAGUGGAUUCUGCAGCUCAUGCACAACUGUAAGGAGAGCUAUGUUAAAGAACAAAAAGGCAAUUCAUUGCUCCACAGCCCCAUGUUAGACCUGGAAAGUGAUGUGCGUCCAUCACCGAUUGGCCAUCUCAGUCAAACUGCUUCACUGAAAAGGGGCAGCAGCUUUCAGUCUGGCCGUGAUGAUGCUUGGCGAUACAAAGCUCCUCAGCAAGUUAUAUUUGUUGAGAAGUUGACAAAACUUGUUGUAAGUCAGCUACCCAACUUCUGGAAGCUCUGGAUUUCUUACGUGAAUGGAAGUUUAUUCAGUGAGACUGCUGAAAAAUCUGGCCAAAUGGAAAGAUCAAAGAAAAACGCUAGGCAAAGACAAAAUGAUUUCAAGAAAAUGAUUCAGGAAGUGAUGCACUCUCUGGUGAAACUUAUCCGUGGAGCCUUGCUUCCAUUCAGCCUCAGAGAAGGAGAAUUAAGACAGUAUGGUGGCUGGGAGAUGAAAUCUGAACUUUCUGGCCAGUGGCUGACACAUGUCAUCCAAACUGUAAGGCUUAGUUCUGAGUCUCUUACUGCACUCGAGAUACCCAAUGAUAUGCUUCAGAUCAUCCAGGAUCUUAUUUUGGACCUUCGUGUACGUUGCAUUAUAGUGACCUUACAACACACAGCAGAAGAUAUAAAGAGAUUAGCUGAAAAGGAAGACUGGGUUGUUGACAAUGAAGGUUUGACAUCCUUGCCAUCCCAGUUUGAACAGUGCAUUAUUCAUUCCUUGCAAUCUCUUAAAACUGUGCUGGACUGCAAACCUGGAGAGACCAGUGUUUUCCAGCAGCAGAAGACACAGGAGGAUGUGUGCCAGCUAAGCAUUGGGAUCAUGCAGGUCUUUAUAGACUGUUUGGAACAACUGAGCACCAAACCUGAUGGUGACAUAGAUACAUCACAUCUUUCAGUUGAUGUUUCAUCUCCAGAUUUGUUUGGAAGCAUUCAUGAAGACUCAAGUCUUUCUUCAGAACAGAGACUUUUAAUUGCACUCAGUAACUGCCAUUACCUGGAACGUCAUACCUUCUUAAAUAUAGCUGAACAUUUUGAGAAACAUGGCUUUCAAGGUGUCGAUAAAAUAACUCAAGUUAGUAUGGAAUCCUUGAAAGAGCUGGAUCAAAGACUGUUUGAAAUGUACAUUGAAUUCAAGGCAGAUCCAAUAGUAGGGUCAUUAGAACCUGGCAUUUAUGCAGGAUAUUUUGAUUGGAAAGAUUGUCUUGUUCCAACAGGUGUCAGAAACUAUUUGAAAGAAGCAUUAGUGAAUAUCAUUGCUGUGCAUGCAGAGGUGUUUACCAUUUCCAAAGACUUAGUUCCUCGAGUAAUGUCAAGGGUUGUAGAAGCAGUCUCAGAAGAACUGAGUCGACUGAUGCAGUGUGUUUCAUCCUUCAGCAAAAAUGGAGCUUUACAGGCCAAGCUUGAAAUCUGUGCAUUGAGAGAUACCGUGGCCAUAUACCUAACACCUGAAAGCAAAUCAAGCUUUAAGCAAGCUUUGGAAGCCUUGCCUCAGCUCUCAAGUGGGACUGACAGAAAAUUACUAGAAGAGUUACUAAACAAGUUCAAAAGCAGCAUGCACUUGCAGCUGACCUGUUUUCAAGCGUCGUCAUCAGCCAUGAUGAAAACAUAGACAACAACACAACACAGACAAAUGUGCUUAAACGUCACUCAUUUUUUUCUGCACUACUUCAAUUCCUUUGAAGACUCUGAAGAAGACAAAACCAGUUUCACUGAAAAAACAAUUGAGAUAUACUCUUUCAGAAAUGGUAUGGGAUGUCCUGCUGAGUGAGACUUUUGUUCAUUUGUACUUCAAUUAAAUGGUUUUCUUUCUACUGUAUUUCAUUCUGUGGAGGGAGUUAAGUCGGUUUUGUUUACAUAUAUUUGUUCAUGAAGAAAUAUUCAUUGGUGUUCUGCAGUCUCACUUUCAUUUGUUAAAAAUACCUUGAAAUGUAUUUUUAGCAAAUACCGCCUCAAAUUUGAGUAUUACUCAUGUUGUUCAGUGUAUCAAUCUGUUAAUUUCUAGAUGUAGAGUGAUACUGAAGUGACUGGAAUGCCCAACUUCUGUAAAGUGUUGAGAACUAUGUAAUAAGCAUUGCUCCAUAGAGCUGACUAAUAACUGUCCAGACACCAUAUUAAGUACACUGCUUCUUUUGCAUUUAAAAGGGUUCACUUUUUUUUUUUUUCCUGUUAUCAUCUAUGGUUUUAGUGUUUGUAAGUCUGAUUUCUUGGGUGGGCUUUUAUUUUCUUGUUUCUUUUUUAAUUAAACAUGUCACUGCCUCUCAUGUUUCUCCCUUUUGUUGGAAUAUUGAUGAUAAUGUUUGCUUCACAUUUGAAGUAAGCUCUACUUUCAUUGACAAUUAACAGAAGAGCACUCCAAGUCUCUAAGAUUAGUACAAAAAGUGUUCAGGUAAAAUAUUCUUUGGUAUUAAGGAGUAGAAUAGUUAAUAGCCUUUCACAUAGUAAGGAGGAUCACAAGAUGUCAUUUGUUUUGCUUCUUCCUUCUUAUUUUUGUUUUGUCUUGUUCUUACAGGCUUACUACCACUGUCUUCCUCCUGUCAGUCAUUCCUCUUUUCUUCUUUUACCACCACUUAUCAAAUUUGUAUGGAGGAAAAUAGGGAUUUGGGAGAAAAGAAAUUUUUUGCCAUUGUUUUGGGGGGUAACAAGUGGGUUUAAUUUUAUAACUGAAAUCAUGGCUUGGAAGUAAAUAAUGCAGUAAUAAUAUAUUCUUUCAGUAUUUACAGUGGUUUUGAGUAAGAUGUUUCAGAAACAGUGCACAGUUUUCAAACAAGUUUUUAAUGCCAGCUGUUUUCUUUUGCGAGUUCAAUUUUUGCCACUUCAGUUAUGUGCUUUAGAAAUACAGAGUACAGUUGCUGUAAUAUGAGAUAUUGGAGAAAGUUUGAUGUACAUGUAGUUACUCAUUAAAAAACCUGUGUAAGAGCAUGUUGAAUGGGAGUUUGAAGCUUCAAUAUAUGUCAUUAUCAUUUAACACCUGGAGCAAUGUUGUUUUGUUAAAUGUUGUCCAGUCUAAGCUGGUUAUUGUCUCAGUUGCUGGUAUUAACUGAAAUAGUCAUCGAGUUAGCUCAUUCUGUAGAAGAUUUCACUUCAAAAUAAUAAAAUAUUAAGAAAUACA